AUGGACCAAGACAUAGCGGUGAACGCAGCAUUCGACACCGACGGCGAAGAAUCAUCCUGUUCGAAACGGUUCAGACUGCCCAGGAAAUCGACCAUACAAUCAACGAGGAAAAUAUGCGCCAAAGAAGAACGAACCGCCAUAGUGAAAAAGAUAACUUCGUUGCUGCAAAAAUCCGAGCACGUCCGCACCGAAGAGGACAAACGGAACCUCGAGGAUCACAAGGACGUGGCCGAGGACAUCCUCGAAAGGUGGCGAAAGCGCGAGGAGGCGAAGCGACGGCUCGAAGAGCUCGAAGACAGCAACGAGGUGUUGGACAGCAAGUGCCACGUACUGGCCCAAGCCAUAGCCCAAUCGCAGUAUUUGGUCGUUUACACGGGCGCCGGAAUCAGCACCGCCGCCAAAAUACCCGACUACAGGGGCACCAACGGCAUAUGGACGCGCCUGCAGCAAGGCAAAGACAUCGGUAAUUACGAUCUAUCGCUGGCGGAGCCGACCUACACCCACAUGGCGCUGGCGGAAUUGUACAGGAAGAACAUACUCAAGUACGUGGUGUCCCAAAACUGCGACGGGCUGCACUUGCGUUCAGGCCUGCCCAGGUCAGCGUUGUCCGAGCUGCACGGCAACAUGUACAUCGAAGUGUGCAAACAGUGCAAGCCCCAUCGGGAAUAUUGGAGGUACUUCGACGUGACCGAAAACACCGCCAGGUACUCGCACAAGACCUACAGGAGGUGUUACGCGUGCAACGGGCCGCUCACCGAUACGAUAGUGCACUUCGGUGAGCGAGGCAACCUGCAGUGGCCCCUCAAUUGGACGGGGGCCUGCAAGAACGCCGACAAGGCGACCACCGUCAUCUGCCUGGGUUCCAGUCUCAAGGUGCUGAAGAAGUACCCGUGGCUGUGGCAGAUGGAGAAACCGGUGAAGAAACGCGCCAACCUGUACAUAGUGAACCUGCAAUGGACGCCGAAAGACGAAUUCGCCAACGUUAAAAUCAACGGCAAGUGCGACGUUGUUAUGAGGAAAAUCAUGUCCUUGUUGGGCAUCGAAGUGCCCGCGUACGAUCGCGGUCGAGACCCCAUCUAUCAUCACGCGACGGACAUGCACGAGCUCGAAUUGCACACGACCACCCAACCGUUCCUGAAGAACUCGUCGCCGGCGCAAAGCGACGUAAAAGACCGCCUCGAUCUCGCUACGGUCGGCAAUCCGGCCACCUGUGAUAGUAGGAAUAAGCUCGGCGAUUACCUGCAGGUCGAUUUCUUCAACAAUUUCUUCCUCUAUCCGUACCAGACGAGCUUCAUGUAUUCGGGCCUGCACAGCAUCAUCGAUCCCAAGGCGGAUUUGUAUUCGGUGCUGGAAGCGAGGCCGCCCGUCGGACGCCAGCCCGAUUGUUCGUACUGCUUCGGCUCGAUGGGGGGCGCCCUGUCGUGCCUGUUCUACCCGAAGAGCCGGCCGGUGUUUCUCAAUCAAAUCGAUCGGUACAGCAAGGUCGAGGGCAAGCACAAGGCGAACGUGUGCCUGUGCUGCGACUACACCACGGACGAGGAAGAGGAGUCCGAUAACAACUCGAAUUCCAACGGGAACAAGGGCAAAACGCAGGCCGGUUGGUUCGGGAAGGGCUACCGGAAGGGCAGGAGAGCGAAAAGGCGGAGCAUCUGA